AUGUUGCGAUUAUCGCUCCGGUCAGCGCGUGUGCUUGGCAGACAGCCCAUUGCGGCUGCUGCCCAGCGCCAAUGGCCUGUUGCGACCUCGCACCGAGCCAACCUGUUGCUUCAGAGAGGGUUUGCCGACCAAAAGAAGGCCGAAGUCGCGAAAGCCGCUGCUCAGAACCCCCCUCCUGCGACAAUCGAUGAUGUUGGAGAGUCCAAGGCCAAAGAGAUUCCAACCCCAGCGCCACCUGUCACUCCUCCACGCAAGAAGAAGGGUUUCUUCAGGCGACUUCGAAACCUCACCUUGAACUUGAUUUUGCUGAGUGCCCUCGCUUUUGGUGGAGGUGUUUGGUACUCUCGGAUCAACGACACCUUCCAUGAUUACUUUACCGAAUAUGUACCAUACGGAGAGCAGGCUGUUUUGUACUUGGAGGAAUUGGAAUACAAGAAGCGAUUUCCUAAUGCAGCGAGUCGCAUCGGAAAACCCCGAGAUGGCAGCGAGCAGGUUACAAUCCCAGCCCAGAGCGGUGCUUCUUGGAGGGUCGCCGAUGCUGCUGACUCAAGCAGACGAUCUGGUACUGGCUCAGCUCCCACAAAGAAGGAGAGCCAGCCUGCUAAACCCAAGGCUGCCACGAAGACCCCCGAGCCUACGGCUAAGCCCGCUGAACCUGUCGCUGUCAAGUCCGAGGAGAAGAAGCAACCAGGCUUCAAGGAGCCCGAAGUUAAUGAACCUUCAAGAUUCCCACCCCUGAAGCCCAUUGAUCUUCUCUCCCUGGCCGAUGCCAAGGAACCAGUUGUUCAAGAACUUGUCCAUAUGCUCAAUGAUCUCAUUACUGUGAUCAACGCAGAUGGUGCCCAUGGAAAGUACGGAUCUUCAAUCGAAAAGGCCAAGUCACAAGUGAAGAAGGUCGGAGGUCAGCUCAAGGCUAUCAAGGCCAAGGUCGAGCAGGAGUCCGCCGACGAGGUUCGCGCAAAGGUUGCCGAAUUCGACAAGGCUGCCACCGAGCUUGUCGGCCGUGUUGAGAAGGCUAUGAUUGGCCAAGAGCUGCAAUGGCGCAAGGAGUUUGAAGAGGAGAUGGAGAAGGUCCGAGGAAGCUACGAUGCCCGCGUCAACCUUCUUCUAGAGCGUGAGAAGAAGCUCAAUGAAGCCAAGUUGGAGAACCAACUUCUUGAGCAGGCCAUUGCCCUCAAGAAGGAAUUCACCACCGAGGUCCAAAACCGCGUUGAGCAAGAGCGAGAAAGCCGUUUGGGUCAACUGGAUGCCCUCUCCGCUGCUGUGACGGACCUGGAGCAGCUGACUACGGGAUGGAACUCGGUGAUCGACUCCAACCUCCAGACACAGCAGCUUCAUGUCGCUGUCGAGGCUGUCCGCGCCAAACUUGAGACCGCUACUCAGCCCCAGCCCUUCAUCAAGGAGCUUGUUGCGCUCAAGGAGAUUGCCGCCGACGAUGCAGUUGUCAAUGCGGCUAUCGCCUCGUUGAACCCGGCUGCGUACCAACGCGGACUCUUCACAACUCCUCAGCUAAUUGACAGAUUCCGCCGGGUCGCUAGUGAGGUUCGCAAGGCAUCACUCCUCCCCGACAAUGCUGGUGUUGCUAGCCACGCUUCCAGCUGGGUUCUCAGCCACGUUAUGUUCAAGAAGCAGGGUCUUCCAGAGGGCAAUGACGUGGAGAGCAUCCUGACAAGAACACAGAUCUUCUUGGAGGAGGGCGAUCUGGACGCCGCUGCUCGUGAGGUGAAUGGCUUGGAGGGAUGGGCCAAGACCCUUAGCAAAGACUGGCUGGGCGAAGUGCGCAAGGUAUUGGAGGUCCAGCAAGCGCUUGACCAUUUCCCAUUCUGUAUGAAUAAAAUCGCAAUGAUGAAGCCGUCGUUGCUAAGCAGCACCCGUGGCCGCAUUCGGUGCUUCAGCUCGGCCUCCCGCGGCUACACUGAAGCCCUUGAAAGGCUCUCUUUGCUCGCCUCCAACCGGACCAGCACUCGCCUCUUCGAAGUGCUAAAGGCUCCGUCCGAUAUAUUGGCCCCCAAGAAAGACCGCAACGCAGAUGCGAUCCCUGAGAUGCUCGCGUGGAUGCGGCGCGCGGGAUACACGCCACAUGACCUCUGCCGCAUACAACACAUCCGCGUCGCGGGGACCAAGGGCAAGGGCUCAGUUUGCGCCUACGCGACGGCCAUCCUGCGCAAGUACGGCAGAGUUGGGACAUACACCAGCCCUCAUCUCCUGAGCCCGAGAGAGAGGAUUGCGAUUGAUGGGGAGCCGGUGGAGAAGGAGCUGUUUGCCAAGUCGUUCUUUGAGGUGUGGGAUCGGUUCACGGAGGCGGCGAUGAAGGAGGGUAAGACUGCGGCGGAGGCUGAGGGCCCCGAGUCGAAACCAUUUUAUUUUCGGUUCAUGACGGUAUUGGCUUGGCAUAUAUUUAUCAACCAAGGGAUCCGCGAUGUCGUAUUUGAGUGUGGGAUUGGUGGCGAGUACGAUGCGACGAACGUCCUGCCCGCGGAGGCGGUGUCCGCGGCUGUAGUGUCGCAGCUCGGAAUUGACCAUGUAGCCAUGCUGGGGGACACGGUUGAGAAGAUUGCUUGGCACAAGGCAGGCGUGUUCAAGCGAGGAAAAAAGGCAUUCACCAGGCGGCUCGACGACCAGCCAGAGGUCAUGGCAGUGUUACGAUCGAGGGCAGAAGAGAAAGGUGCCAUUCUGGAGGAGAUCGAUGACGAUGUUAUCAAUGCUUGGGGAGGUGUCAAGGGUACAUUGAAAGGGGAUUUUCAAAAGAUUAACCAGGCGCUGGCGAUCUGUGCCGUGCGAGAACAUCUUGGGCUGGAAAGCACGGCCAGGGUCAGCUUGCAAAACCCACCCGAGGAGAUGAUCGACGGCCUGAGGGAGGCAAGGUUACGGGGGCGUGGAGAGACCAUCAAAGAUGGUGAAGUACAAUGGUGCGUUGAUGGCGCACACACAAAGGACAGCUUGAUAGAGGUUGCCCGGUGGUAUGGUCAGGAACUUGACAAGAACGAAAAGGUUGUCCUGAUAUUCAACCUACCGGAUCGAGAUAUAUCGGGACUUCUAACCGCUUUCAUGAGCACUAUGAAGGCUGUCUCGGGCCGGGAAGAUAUCUUUAGCCAUGCGCUCUUCACCACUAAUGAUAUAGAAGGACCAGCUGCAGACGAAAAAAGGGAUCUGGCUGUCCAGCAAAAAGGAGCUGAAACCAUGAAACUUCUUGCCCCAGGUUGUCAGGUACAGACUUUUGACAACAUCAGGGACAGUGUUUUGGAAGCAGGGAGAAUAUGCAGGGACCCAGGUGGUGCCAAGAGAGUAUUGGUAACAGGAAGCAUGCACCUUGUAGGUGGCGUUAUUGGGAUUCUUGAGCCUUGGAACACUGAUUGA